CUGAUGUACAUAUGUAUGUGCCUUUUCGCUGGUCGCUUAUCGUUCAGUUAUUAUCGCUCCGCGCCACGACCCUAAUCACUACCUCGUCGACGCUUUGUCAGAGCGCGCUAGAGGAUCUUCAUAUCUGCCUGGUUCAUAAAAAGGUCCUUUUUUUAGUUCAUGGAUUGAGGGUUAAUGUUACGUCUCGUUAUUCUAUCGAGUGAAUAUUGUUUAUAUGCAAUUCAAGUUUAGAAUAAAAUUAGUUGAUUAUUUGGUUCGGUCUUAUGAUUAACUGAGUGUAGCAGUGACAUCUCGGCUCUUCAAUGAGCACUAGCGUCCUUCCCCAACUUCAGCGUCUCGCGAGAUGUGGCUGUAGAAGGAUGGAUACCUGGAGCCACGUGAUGUGGCUAGCAGCACUGAUGGCCACUUUAGACAUUCGCACGACGAGAACCGACCCAAGAGAAGCAUCUCAAGCGCAGUCUCAUUCCCAAAUGCACUCUUAUUCGCAAUCAAGCUCGCACUCACGACAGAAGAGGCUUCUAUGGAUCACUAACGAUGGACGCCUCGCCCUGCCUCCCGGCACCCACCUUACCAUUACCCCCUCCUUAUCUUUACCCUUUGUUAGAUACCCACCCGAGGGAUUUUUAUCAAAUAUGUCCAUUAGUUUACCAUUUACAAUUGAUUUUGACUCGCUAGGACUCACUGAUAAUCAAAAUCCGUACGGAGUAUUACCUCCUCUGCUGGGAAGAAGCAUGGGGAGGGAAGCUGGUAGCAUUCUAGCGAAUUACAUCGCCCACCUGCUGAAUCAUAAAAAGGCAAAGAGAUCCUUACCACUCCCUGAGAAGCCUCCAGAGGUUAAGCAUUUAGGAGGUGAAAGAGCAUUACUUUACACCAUAGUAGAAGAUCUUUUAAGCAAUUUUGGCAUGGAUGGCCGAGCAUGUCUCCUGAGAGCCAUCUGUGAAGUGCAUGCCCAUAGUUACCUACAUAGAUUUGGACUCAUCGGUGAGAUCCUCAAACUCUUCUUCACAGCGAGUAAGUCACCGUUCUCCGAUCUCAUGGGAGAAUAUGUAGCUGCAGAGCGUGCCGGAUUGGGUGGAGAAUGUUGGCCAUAUUUCAAGGAAUGCACUAAAUCCUUGUUUCUUUCCUCUGCUUACUCCAAAUACUCGACCUCCAAUGAGAACGAACAGCCAGAAGAGGAGGAGAACGAUAUAAUUGAUGAGCGAGUUUAUAAAGUAGAUCUAAAUCAAAAACCCACCCUCACCAUGUCCAUGUGAAAAAAUAUCCGCGCUAUGCGGAAAUGACCUCGCAAGUUGAAUAGAGAAUUUAUUCUCACACACCAACAUACAAGUAUUUAUUUACCAUUCAUGGCAGAAAAUUCAUGGUCCAGUGUCUAGGUAUAUGUUUAAAGACAUUAAUGGUAGGUACUGAAAAAGUACUGCAUUUUUUCAGCCGAGGAGGUACUGAAUUUCGUGGAAAUGUACAGAAAAAGUACUGAUUUUUUGCCAGCCUGUUUUAGUAGACACCCUGGUCAUCGUAAGUUUGUUGCUGAACAUCUGGAAUUUCAAUGACAGUUUCAAAAAUCACUUCUGUGCUGUUUCCUCUUUGGAAAAAAACUGAGAUUUUUUAUCAUUCAAAUUUCUUACUGCAAAUCUGAUGCAACUUUACCAAGUAUUUUAGGAUUUAGAUUUUGCCAUGGGCUAAUUUAUUUUUAGACAAGGCGAAGAAAUGGUGCCGAGUCCGCACCAUUUCGCGGGGAAAAUAAAGCCAAGAAAUUCCGAAAAUAUUUCAAUUGGAGUCAAGACAAUUUUUGCUCUAUGCGUACCAGUACAAGAAUGAGGGGGGGGGGGGAGGAGGGAGUGCUCAGCCCAGGCAGCUGGCAUUGAUAUAGGUAUUAUGUUGAGAUCACGCCGAGAGAUCUAUCCCUACCGGUUUGGGCCUUCUUAGACUCAUUAGUACCUAGAUCACACUCGUUGGUGAACCAAACUUAUCAUCCCGCAAAAUACAAGAUACGGCAUGAAAACGCCGCCAUGAAUAUGACCCGAAUAUGAAGGCAUAUUCAUGCCGUCUUUUUGCGGAUGCUAAGUUGGGUUCACCGAAGAGUGUGAUCUAAGACGUGUUUUGUUCGAAACAACAAAAUGUUUCCAUUUUUUUUUUUGUUGUUUCUUACGCGAUUCUGAACGGGCGGCACCCGAUUCCCUCCCGGAUCCGAUUCCCUCCCGCUAAUGACCGCUGCCCAAGUCCGUUUCCGAUUCCCUCCCGCUAAUGACCUUUAAUAAAAUGAAGCGGCAACGUCGCAUUAAUCAUUCUAAUCAACUUACCAUUUCCAGAGAGAGGCGCUGUUUCCCGUGAGUGUUUCAGGAAAAUUAGGGUAUAUUCACAAAAUUAUGAUGAUUUGAUGAAGAAAGUGGGCUAGGUUGAUAGAAAGUUCUCAAAGUCUAUUUCAUAUGCAAGCAUAAAACAAAAUUUGAGAACCCUCUCUCCCUUCUAUGACCCUCUUCAUGGCUGCCGGAUGUUCACAGAAAAACUAAAAGGGGUGUAGAGAGAUGCGUCACACAAAAAAUAAAAUCACAGUAGUAAGUCAUGUUCAUGGCUGCCGGAUUUUCACAGAAAAACUACAUACAACAUGCAUAUGAACACAUACAUAUGAAACAGACUUUGAGAACUUUCUAUCAACCUAGCCCACUUUCUUCAUCAAAUCAUCAUAAUUUUGUGAAUAUACCCUAAUUUUCCUGAAACACUCACGGGAAACAGCGCCUCCCUCUGGAAAUGGUAAGUUGAAUGAUUAAUGCGACGUUGCCGCUUCAUUUUAUUAAAGGUCAUUAGCGGGAGGGAAUCGGAAACGGACUUGGGCAGCGGUCAUUAGCGGGAGGGAAUCGGAUCCGGGAGGGAAUCUCGGGAGGGAAUCGGGUGCCGCCCUUCUGAACAACCAAUUAGAGAGCAACUUCCAGUUUUAGAUUAGAAAACAGCGUAGCUUUUUUGAACAACAUAAAAAGGACUUGCUUUGAGCACGUUGCAGUUGUUGUACAACAAUGUUGCUUCAGGAGUUCUCAAGUUUUGCGCACGAAAAUCAGCCCCGCCUCCACAACACAAAACAACUUCGAACAAAUGCGAUUGUUGCUUGUUUUCACAACGUGUUGCGAGUGUUGCCUCCGAACAAAAUACGACUCUACUGAUGAGGUCCAAAAAGACCCAAACCGCCCAAUCCGGUAUACAUUUCUGGGCGUGACCUCGACCUAAUAUUCGAAUGCAAGCUGCCUGAGCUGCGCCCCCCCCCUUGCAAUGCUUUGUUUUCCCCGCGAAAUGGUGUUGACCCAGCACCAUUUCUUCACCUUCUUAGGUACAUCCAAUUCGGGCCAAUUUUUAGUGUUUUUUCGUGUUUAUUUUUAGACAUACGUUUAGGUUCAUUCAAAAUAUGUAAGUUUCAAUAAGAAUGAUGCUAAGAGCUGUAGAUACAUGUCUCUUUUGUGAAUAGAUAAAGGUAUGUAAAUAUGAUCACUGUCUCCAUAUUGUAGAAUAAACAAAUAAUAAUAUUAAAAAUCUUUUGGAGAAUAUGUCAUUAAAGCUGAAGAAGUAUCAAAAUUAUUAUUUGAGUUUUAUCUCAUGGAUUGGAUAAAACUGUACUUACCAAUGAUGAUGUGUGUAUACUAGAACACAAAUAAACGUUUUAUCGUAAAACUU